AUUGUUGGGAUCAUGAUAAACUCCACACAGUUUUCAUAUUUCACACUUGCUGCCUACUUUGACACUGGGCUUCUUAAAUACUUUUAUUUCAUGACUGUUAUGUGUCUCUAUAUUUUUAUUGUUAGUGCCAAUGUUUUUCUCAUUGUGGUUAUCUGUAUGAACAGAAGCUUACAUGAACCUAUGUACCUUUUUCUGUGCAGCCUGUUUGUAAAUGAACUGUAUGGUAGUACAGGGUUGUUUCCAUUCCUUCUGGUUCAGAUCCUCUCUGACAUUCACACUGUUUCUGCUUCUUUCUGUUUCCUGCAGAUUUUCUGUUUGUACUCUUAUGGAGGUAUAGAAUUUCUAAACUUAGCCAUCAUGUCUUAUGACAGAUACCUUGCUAUCUGUUAUCCUCUGCAAUAUAACACACAUAUGACGUCUAACAGAGCUGCCAUCUUCAUUGCUGUAAUAUGGGUACCCCCACUUCUUGUGAAUUUUUUGACACUGCCUUUGAUUGUUCCUUUGCAGCUGUGUGGAAACAUCAUCAACAAAGUUUACUGUGACAACCACUCUGUUGUGAAACUGGCCUGCUCUGACACCACAGUCAAUAACGUCUCUGGACUUAUUGUUAUUGCUUUCUCAGUCUUUGGUCCUCUAAUUUUAAUUCUUUACACAUACAUGAGGAUUCUUAAAGUUUGUUUUUCUGGUUCUAAACAGACCAGACAGAAAGCUGUCAGUACCUGCACACCUCACCUUGCUUCCCUGCUCAACUUCUCUUUUGGAGCUUGCUUUGAAAUAUUACAGAGCAGAUUUAAUAUGAGCAGUGUACCCAACACAUUACGCAUCUUUUUAUCCUUAUACUUUCUUACAUGCCCACCAAUUUCCAACCCUUUAAUGUACGGCCUGAAACUGUCCAAAAUCCGUGUUACAUGUAAAAAGUUGAUGAAAAUUAGG